CGCAGCGUCACAGAUGGAAAUUAAUAUUAUAAGCGAACAGUUAUCUUAACUCUCGCUAUAAUCAAAUGAACAGAAAAGAGAAGAAUUAGUAUUGAACGCUAUUAUAAGGUGUAUGGAUACAUGUAAGAGUCAACAAACCUAAUAAAUAAUGGAGAGGGAUUCGCACAAUUCCGUCGUCUUCAACGCUUCAAAAAGAGAACUUUUUACCACGAACAAUGGAUACAAAUCCAUGCAGAAGAGAUUACGGGCUCAAUGGAAAAUCCAGAGUAUGAAAGAAGAACUGUCUGUGGAGAAGCUGAAAAAUGUGAAGUUGUGGAUAACGGCAGGCCCAAGGGAGAAGUUCACAGCAUCAGAGCUUGAGGUUCUCAAGCACUACCUGGAUGGAGGAGGAAACGUGCUGGUCAUGCUCGGUGAAGGAGGAGAAAUUAAAUAUGACACCAACAUCAACUUUCUCCUGGAGGAGUUUGGAAUAAUGGUUAACAAUGAUGCUGUUGUGAGGAAUGUGUAUUACAAAUACUUUCAUCCUAAGGAGGCACUCGUGUCCAAUGGUGUAUUGAACAGAGAGAUCAGUCGGGCUGCUGGCAAAGUGGUCACAGGAAUGAUUGAAGAUGAAAAUGUUGGAAAUAAUGCCCAGGCUCUCACAUUUGUGUACCCAUAUGGUGCCACGUUGAGUGUGAUGAAGCCUGCUGUGGCCGUUCUUUCAACUGGCUCAGUCUGCUUCCCCCUCAACAGGCCUGUCCUGGCCUUCUAUCAAGGAAAGGAGGCAGGCAAACUGGUUGUGCUGGGUUCCUGUCACAUGUUCAGUGACCAGUACAUAGACAAAGAAGAAAACAGUAAAAUCAUGGAUGUCGUGCUCCAGUGGCUCAUGACUGAUAAUAUUCAGCUGAACCAGAUUGAUGCAGAGGACCCAGAGAUAACAGAUUACACCAUGUUGCCAGACACAGGGUGCUUGUCAGAACAGCUCAGAGUAUGCUUACAAGAGGGUGACGAAAACCCCAGGGACUUCACCUCCCUCUUUGAUAUGUCUUUGUUCAAUUUGUCAACCGACACUUUACCUCAAGUCAUCAGUGCUUACAAGCAGCUUAAUGUCAAAGACGAACCACUGCAGCUGAUCACACCACAGUUUGAGACCCCGCUGCCUCAGCUUCAACCUGCUGUCUUUCCACCUGCCUUAAGUGAUUUACCUCCACCCAUGCUGGAUCUGUUUGAUCUAGAUGAAACAUUCUCUUCUGAGAAAGUGCGCCUAGCACAGCUCACUAAUAAAUGUACAGACGACGAUCUCGAAUUCUAUGUGCGGAAAUGUGGUGAAAUUCUGGGCGUGACUCCAAAGUUGGAUAAGGAUCAGAGGGACGCCAAGCACAUCUUGGAACACAUUUUCUUCCAGGUUGUAGAGUUCAAGAAACUCAAUCAGGAGCAUGACAUCGACACUGAGGCACAAUUCACGCCAUUGUGAUUGGAUUCAAGAAACUUAAAAACUUUCAACUCUGUCUUUUCAAUAUGCUAUAUCAUAAUCAAACAGGUGUGUAUAUUCUAGUAAUGGAGAUAAAGCAACUGCUACAGUAGUUGGCAGUAUCAACAGGAUACUUGUGUUCAGAAACUGUAUAUGAAUUCAUUAGUCUUUUAUACCGCUUUUGUAUUUUAUUGUGGAAAAAAGUAAUAUUGUAAAGAUACUUAUGCAAAUAAAGUCAUUGACAUUUAUUUAAAUAUUCAAAUCUUUAAAAACAUUGUAAACAGGCAACUGAGCUCUCUGCAUGAGUCCUCACACAUGGAUCCUGUAAAAAGAAACAAAUUGAAGAGCCACAGCAUGGAUUUGCAAUGUUGCCAUGGCAUUCAAUGAUCAGUAUUAAAAACUGAACAGAGCAUCUUACCUUUAUAUUGUCAUCCUAUGUUUUAAUCCACUUUGGUGCAUGGUGGGUGCAGAGGCAGACACAAUCAUGUGCAUUUAUCCUUCCAAACCUGUGACUUAACUCCAUGUUCAGUUUGUGUGAAGAGAAAUCCUUGGCCAUAUUGGGGAGAAACUUCAGCUAGUGAAAAUUUUGUAGACUGGGGUUUUGGACUCCAUGUUGACUCCAGAGUGUUGGACUCAGUGUAGGGUUUGGGGCUGUUGCUCUCAGAUUUAAUCAAAGACACAUCCCAUAACAUUUGAAAGGUGGUGGAAUCACUGAACGACUGGUCAGAACAAGCAGCCUUUUUUUGCUUUAGGAGGAACAUGUAGGGAGUAGAGGACUUUCCUUGUGAAGGAACAGUCAUGUGACAAUUGUCAGUCUCUGGAUUGUUCAAGCUGUUCGUUGAGAUAACCUGAGGGGAGGAAAUGGGAUCUGAUGGUAGACAGAGAAAAGCCAGGUUGCAUGGCCUGGCAUCGGAUCCAUCAGCUGCUGUCUCAUUUGACACUCUUGAUGAGGAAAGUUGUUCCAGCGACAAAGCAGACAGCAAACUCUGUUCCCCCAAAAACCUCCUGUCAAGCUCUGAUAGAGACGAACACUCAAAGCUGUUCAUAUCUAGGAUGUAAAAUAUUAGAUAACACUUGGAAUUAGGUCAUCUGGUCAGACUUAAACGAAUCAUCAUCAACCUAUUUUCAGAAUAAAACCAGUUUUCCUACCUUUAAUGACAAAAGCUUUCUCCAUUGUUUCCCUGGACUUGAGUGUCAACCGACUUGCAGGUGGGUUUUAAAGUGUUGCAGCAGCAUGUUAAUUGACCCAGCUGGAGGCUGAGCAAGUCAUCAGUCUGAAGGGGGUGGAGCACCUCUCAAUCAGAUCAGGUGCACAUUUUAGCUGUGAUCCUUUUUUUUCAUAUAUUUUUUUAUGUUCAAAUUUAUUUUCAUUAUGUGGGAGGGGCGGCUGUUUGCUAUGCAACAAGCAAUCAGGUUUUUUUUUAAUUAACAUUUUCUCGUUUUAUUUACACAUGCAUGUUUGUGUACUUGUGUUA